AAACUGGAAUCCGGGCUAUGAACGUGCUGUUGAAUAUCCCCAUUUGGUUAAAUGCAUAUGCAUUUUGGAUAGUGACUGAAAAUGAAACCCCACCCAACACUGUUUUUCUCCUUCUCUCUCUCUCUCUGGUACACACACACACACACACACACACAUCUACCAUAUCUCCUGGGCAGCAUUCAGACUGAUGUUGGUGUUCACAGGACAAGGAAUGUCAGCCUGAGAGGAGCCCAUCUCUGCAUACCACCACCAACAGAGGAAAAGACCAAAAGAUCGCAGAAAAACCCAGCCAAAAAAAUGGAAGACUACGAGGACUACAGUUACCACGACAACACCAGCGACAAUGACAGCUACGAGGACUACCACACCGUGUGCGAGAAGCACGACGUGCGUUCUUUUGCCGGCGCCUUCCUGCCGGUGGUGUACUCCAUCUCCUUUGUUAUAGGGGUGGCGGGCAACGCGAUGGUGGUGGCUGUGUACGCCUACCACAAACGACUGAAGACCAUGACUGAUGCCUUUGUGGUCCACCUGGCUGUGGCGGACCUGCUGCUCCUGUUCACGCUACCUUUCUGGGCCGUGGACGCUGCUCGGGGCUGGCAGGUGGGGGCGGUGCUGUGCAAGCUGGUCUCGGCUCUCUACACCAUCAACUUCACCUGCAGCAUGCUGCUCCUGGCCUGCAUCAGCGUGGACCGCUACCUGGCCAUCACCGCCGUGGGUCGGGACCGGGGACAGGGCAGGGGCUUCAGGCCCAGCUACUGCAGCAGAGUGUGCCUUCUGUGCUGGGUCGCUGCGUUCACGCUGGGCGUCCCAGACUUGGUGUUCUCUACAGUGGUGUCCACGGUCAGCGGGAGGACGGCCUGUUUGGCGGUCUACUCCCACGAAAUGGUCCCCGUGACCCGAGCCUGCCUGGAGGUGGCGGAGGUGCUGCUGGGGUUCCUUCUUCCCUUGACAGUGAUGCUGUUCUGCUACUCGCGAGUGGUGUGCACCAUAGGGGUGCUGCCUCUGGAGAGAAGGGGACGAAAGUGGAAAGUCAUCCGAGUGCUGCUGGCUGUCGUGGGGGUCUUUGUCAUCACCCAGCUGCCCUACAACGUGGUGAAGUUCUGCCGGGCGAUGGACUCUGCGUACGCACUGGUGUCACACUGCGAGGUGAGCAAAGCUCUGGACCGAGCCGCCCAGGUCACAGAGAGUCUGGCUCUGACCCACUGCUGCCUGAACCCGGUCCUGUACGCCUUCAUCGGGUCGUCCUUCCGACAGCACGUGCUGAAGUUUGCCAAAGGCCUCGAAGAGAGGAGGAGGAGGAGGAGGAGGACAGGUUCUAUUGAGACAGAGCAGGGAGUAGACAUAGACUUAAACUCCCACGCAGGGUCUCAGGAGACCAGCACAUUCUCCAUUUGAACAGUGGAAGGGUGGGACAAAGGAAGGGAAAGGUU